AUUUAAAACAUUACACCAAGACGUGAUGUUCAGCACUGAUUUUCGGGGUGCCUGGGUACAUUCUAAUUGUCAACGUACAACGCUGACUGUUCCGCUAUGGAGGUGACAUUGCUCUUUAUCGUGGCCGGAGCUUGUCUCGCUGUAGCUUCUGCUGCACUCCCAUCAUGUCCGGGUGACUGUUACUUUGGUGACUUCCUCCAAGCAAGAAUGCGAUUGGACCUGUAUCUAAGCCCAUCUUGCCCCCUGUUGAAUGUCACUGUAGGCAAAUACACAUCACAUGAGAUUUGCUUUGCAAAAGCGUGCGAAUUGGGAGCAAAUGUCGUUCAAUAUGGUACACAAUGGGAUGAGAGGAACGAUCACCAUUGUGCAAUUUACAAAUGCGAUUCUAAUGUGAAUGGGACUGACUGGGACUAUGGAUGGGUUGAUGACGGUGUGCAACGGCCAGUUUAUGCGAGGCCACAUCCAUUUAUUCCAAAGUGCCACAGUUCUUAUUUUAGAAAAAGAGGGCUGGUGGAUGUUUUGUGGCGAGGAGAGUCGCCAUGUCUUUCUAUCACAAAUCACACCGGAUUCAAUUUGCGUGAUUGUAUGUCUGCUGCUUGUCAUGACAAGGCAAAUCUGUUUAGAUUUUUUACCAAUGAAAGUCCGCAAAGAUGUGAAACAAUACAAUGUGGAUAUAAUCCAUCAGAAAACGAUUACGAAUUCAACUUGUACCGUUCGGACAAUGCUUCAGUUAUGUAUACGUUAUCCCAUUUGGCAAUCGACUGCAACAGUCAGUUUAAACCUGAGCCAAUACAACUUCCACUACCAGCAUGUUUCGAUGAAGUGUCUCUAUGUGGACAGGGCGAUGCCGAAGAGGCGUUUUGCAAAACUGGUUCAAAUCUUAUCAUGUAUAAUAUUAACUCAACAACUCGUUCUUCUACUGCCUUAAAAUGUAAGAGAAACCAUGAAGGAACAGGAUGGGAUUUUUACUUUAUAGAAAGUAUUUGUUUUGGUCAAGACAGUCUGGUCAAGAAUAUCAAAACGAAUGGCUAGUCUUACCAUAUCCAGGAUCACCCGUCUGCAAUUCUUCCAUAUAUGUGAUAAGACGGCAUAGAAACCAAUGCCUUAUGUCAAAAUGCAGCCGGUCCAUUGUGAUUGAACAGGCAGGGGAUUUGAGGCAGUGUAUGCUGUACGCUUGUGAAUAUGGGGCAAAUGUCAUCAACUAUUACAGUAAUAGGGAUAUGACAUCUGUGAAAUGUGAUCUUCGUUUUUGUAAUAUUGUUGAAAAUGGUAAAUAUGACUUAAAAUUAGGAAACAGCCCUGCUCCGGGAUAUGACGUUUAUGCCCUAGUUUUAGAUUCUGAAACAUCCUCAACGAUAGCUACUUCGACUUCUCCCAGAACCCAGACCGAAGCAUCAAUUUUAUCUUCAACCAUUGAAGCAACUGGAGCAUUCAACAUGACAAACACUACAGCAAAGGCCAUCAUAAAUGAAUCGGAAACUCCCACCUUGAGAGCAAUCUCAAUCGCUUUAGGGAUACUUUUGUUUAUUGCUAUAUGUGUCAUAGCUAUUCUGACUGUUAUAUGUAGACGACAGCAACUAGCGAUGUUAAAACAAAAAAAGACUUUCAGUACCGACAUAAAGAAAUCAAUGAGUAUGAUAAUGUCGCAUAUGCCUAGCAAAAACAGAGACGCCAUAAGCGAACAUAUUCAGAACUAAUAUUUACGUUGAGAGGACUAUGAUUGUCGCAUUUGCUUUUAAAGGCCCUAUGUUAAAUUUGAAAAUAUAUUUAGGCAUAAAUAUUACUUCGCAUGACUUGAAAAACCCUUUGAUACAUUCUUUUGAAAAAUAUGUUGUUCAUCUAAUAUUUUCCCGCAAUUUUAGAA